AUGGCUUCAACCCAAAAUGUAUCGCGCCCCAAGCGCCCACUUCGGCCUGAUCAUCAAGCUCGAUUAACCAAACCCUUCCGCUCUCCACUCAAAUCAUCUGCAUCUCGUACAGAAACCGUCCAACACCCCACUGCACAAGAUCCAUCGAAGGCAAGUCUUAACUCGAGCAGUGCAGUGAUUGAGGCGCACUCUACCACCGUUACUGCUGCUGAUGGCGUCACCCACGAUGCCGGUGCAUUGUACAAACAGUACAAACAACUGAGUACGCAACUCACGCAGAUGCGACUGUCCCUUGACACCGCCCAGCAAGCUGUGAACAUUCUCCAGAAUGGCCAAGCCACCUCUAUCCAGGCCUUGAUUGCUAAAUGGAAAGGCGUUGUCCGUGAUGCGGCUGAGGAGCUCUUUGACGAUGCGAAAGAGCGUGUAGAUCGGCAAGGCGGCUUGACUCGUCUGCACAGACAUCAUUUUGACGACUUCAGCGUUGAAGAGAGAGGCCUCAGCGCUGAACAGAAAGAUAUCCUGCGUAAGCAGCAGGGUGAAGCGCACGCAGAAGCCCUUAAGUACGGCCUUCUGGACAGUAUUGAAGCUUCUGAUGACCAGCCCGAAGACCAGUCCUUCACGAUGGCCACAAUGCUCCGUCAGAUGGAUGUGGACCCAGCUCUCGUUGGUUACGACGAGAAGGAGUUACGCUGGAUAACGUGA